CAACUGCGCAUGCGCACCCACAACUAUUUAAAUACCCCAAGUCAUCUGCUACAACAAAACAUUCCAGUGAUAGCCAAUCUGCGACGCAGCGCAAGGACUGGCAAGGGAGGCCAUAACACCAGCUGGCAAAAUAUUGACAGUUUAUCAAGCAACUAAACUCGGGAUUUUCUGUUUUUGUGACCAUGGCUGAGUAACCCCGGUUAGGAUUGGAAGGUGCAUCCGAGCUAAGGUGUAGUGAAGUCGGGGAGAGGAGGAGGGGAAGGUCCGGACAGGAGAAAAACAAAGACGUCUGUGUAGUUAAACUAGGCAAGUCCCAUCGAACUGUCUGAACAGCUCUCUGAUUUUUCCAAAACUGACACGUCCCAGGGGUCCGGUGGAUAGCGAGCUGGCACCGGGGAAAAAACGUUUACUGACCUGCCGAACCGGGCCGUUAUGAACGGCCGCUCAUGCGCUGUCACCGCGAAUAACUGCGAGUUGACAACACAAAAACAUCUGUGACGGGUUGUUUUGUUCUAGCUAGACAAGGGCGAGGACUGGAGUGUUUUUUGAGCUUGUUAGCUAUAGCAUGUAGCUAGCUGAAUUUAUUCGCUAAACUGCCAGUCAACAGCGCUACAUUUCUACAAAAACGACCGUUAAAUAACUAUUUUGGAAAUUUCUAGAACGUUCGUUUGUUAAAUUCCAAGCGUAUUGCGCAACAUUGCUUACAAACAGGCGAACUCGCUAACUAGCUUUGACUGCUUGCUAGCCAGCUGACCGUUAGCUAGUUAGCUGUCCUGGCUUUCCCUUGCCUAGCCUGUGUAGCUAAAUCUGCCAGCUAGUUAACAUUCUGGCGACAGGUAGCUAGAUUACGCCUGACAAACAGCAUCACCACCACCCACCAUGUCCUCGAUGGAAGAGCGUGGUGAGGUGGGCGUCGCGGCGGCUCCAGGCUCCUCAGGGGGCCUGGGGGUUGGGGCGGUGGGGGCAGCCCUGGAGACAGUGGUCGGGGGGCCAUCAAUGCAGGAGGAGGUGGGCUUCCGAAGAGGAGAGGGGCUCGGGCCCGAGUCGGACCCGGACGAGCCGCCGCCCAAGAAGCGGCUGAGACUGCCGGAGGGAGAGUCGGGAAAGCUGGAAGAGAGGCUGUAUUCAGUGCUGUGCUGCACCGUGUGUCUAGACCUGCCCAAGGCCUCCGUUUAUCAGUGCACCAACGGUCACCUGAUGUGUGCUGGCUGUUUCAUCCACCUGCUGGCUGACUCUCGUCUGAAAGAGGAACAGGCCACUUGUCCUAACUGCAGGUGUGAGAUCACCAAGUCUCUGUGUUGUAGGAACCUGGCUGUAGAGAAAGCUGUGAGUGAGCUGCCCACAGACUGUCCCUUCUGUCUCAAACAGUUCCCUCGCUCCAGCCUAGAGAGGCACCAGAAGGAGGAGUGCCAAGACAGGGUGACGCAGUGUAAGUAUAAGCGGAUUGGCUGCCCAUGGAAGGGACCGUUCCACGAGCUGCCAGCCCACGAGGAGGAGUGCUGCCACCCCACCAAGACUGGCACAGAGCUGAUGGGCAUCCUGGGGGAGAUGGACCAGAGCCACAGCAGAGAACUAACCCUUUACAACUCUAUAUUCUCCCUUCUCUGUUAUGAGAAGAUAGGCUUCACAGAGGUCCAGUUCAGGCCGUACCGUACAGAUGACUUCAUAACCCGUCUGUACUAUGAGAGUCCUCGUUUCACCGUGUUGAACCAGACCUGGGUACUGAAGGCCAGAGUCAACGACUCGGAACGCAACCCUAACCUCUCCUGCAAACGCACCCUCUCCUUCCAACUCAUCCUCAAGAGCAAGGUGAACUCAGCUAUAGAGUGUUCCUUCCUGCUGUUGAAAGGUCCGUACGAUGACGUGAGGAUCAAGCCUGUGAUUCACCAUCAUGCGUUCAGCAAUGACACCAACGAGACAGACUACGUCCCGCUGCCCAUCACCGACUCUGUGGAGUGUAACAAACUACUGGCGGCCAAGAACAUCAACCUACGACUCUUCAUCUUCCAGAUCCAGAAAUAGACAGAAGAGGAGGAGAGAGGGGAGGGAUUGAGGGGGGGUAAGAGAGAGAGGACAGAGAGAGGUGUAGCGGAAGUGAGGGAGAGAGAUAUGUUUGAGAUUAAAGUGAGACACCACUAAACCACUGAUACCUCUUUACACUCACACUCUCACACACAUGCACUCACACUCUCUCUCGCACACACACACGCACUCACACUCUCUCGCACACAC